GUCCUACAUCUCGAUGCUAACUAUAUUUAUUGAAAUAGAAUACAGAGUGUAACCAAGAAAGAUAUAGUAUUUGGCAGGUCAAGAUGGCUGAGAAUGUGCCUGUAGUGGAUGAUGAAGAAAGUCUCUAUGCUGGAAACAAAGUCCAGCCUUGCACCUCCACACCAAUGUCACAGCAAUGGAAAGCUGAGGAAGAGAAGUGCACUACUACUAAAUUGAGUGAGAUGUUGGGCUUGGAGGAGUUCUUCUCUUUGAAGGUAUGGAGAGCAUCUUUGGCAGAGCUUGUUGGCACAGCAGUCUUUGUUUUUGCACUUGACACCAUAGUCAUCUCCACCUACGAGACUGAAACCAAAACACCAAAACUCAUAAUGUCAUUCCUUAUUGCUGUCACUACAACAAUUAUCCUCAUCGCCAUCAAUCCAAUUUCCGGCAGCCACAUCAACCCCGCCGUCACGUUAGCCGCCAUGCUUGUCGGCCUAAUUUCCCUUUCAAGGGCUGUCAUAUACAUAUUGGCACAAUGUGCUGGUGCUGUGCUAGGUGCACUAGCACUUAAAGCCGUGGUAAGCAGCACCAUUGAAGAAACUUUUUCACUAGGAGGUUGCACACUCAAUGUCAUUGCACCAGGCCCAAAUGGGCCCAUUAUGAUUGGACUUGGGACAAGCCAGGCCCUAUGGCUAGAGAUAAUAUGUACUUUUGUGCUUCUUUUUGCUGCAAUAUGGAUUGCUUUUGAUCAUCGCCAAGCUAGAGCUUUGGGCCGAGUUGUGGUCAUUUCUAUAAUUGGAAUAGUAGUGGGCCUUCUUGUGUUUAUUUCAACAACCUUGACAGUAGCAAAGGGUUAUGCUGGGGUAGGUAUGAACCCAGCUAGGUGUUUGGGCCCAGCACUUGUUCGAGGGGGCCACCUCUGGAAUGGACACUGGAUUUUUUGGGCUGGGCCUGCUAUUGCAUGUGUGGCAUUCUAUCUAUACACAAAGCUCAUCCCACAGCAGCAUUUCCAUGCUGAUGGGUUCAAGCAUGACUUCUUGAAUAUUUUGAAGGCUACAUUUGCAACAAACCAUGCUCACAAGAAGUGAAGAAAUGGACUUUCAACUUGGGAGAAUUGGUAUUUCCUAAGAGUUUUGUGAAAGACAGGCAGGUAUUCUUGGUGUUUGAGGCUUCAUUAUCAUGGGGUUUUAAGUUAAUUGCAAAUGUUAGGCUCUUGACACUUCUUUGAGGCCUUCAUUCUAGGUGUGUUGAAUUAAAUUAUGUCUGUGUAGCAUGGACUUCCAAGAAAAAGUUCAUGUGACUCUUUUGCCAUGAUGUAAUAAGUAAGCAUCAGUCUGAUCUCAAAAUG